CUGUAGAGCAGAGCGGAGGGCUCCGGCGGCGGCGGCGGGGGAGGCGAGGCGAUGGCCGGGGAGAACCAGCAGCGGAGCCUCCGCAAGAGCAUCGCGGCGCAGCAGCAGCAGCCGGCCCCUCCCGCCCGGCAGGAGCCGCAGCCCCCCGGGAAGACCCCCCAGCAGGGCGGCGGCGGAGGGAGCGGCAGCCGGGCGGAGGGCGCCGCCCCCCCGAGCAGCCCCGCCGGCGCCGCCGAGAAGGUCGCCCUCAAGAAGGAGAUCGGGCUGGUCAGCGCCUGUGCCAUCAUCAUAGGUAACAUUAUCGGCUCCGGCAUCUUCAUUUCCCCCAAAGGAGUCCUGGAGCACACGGGGUCCGUGGGGCUCGCCCUCAUCAUCUGGGUGCUCGGCGGGGGGAUCGCAGCCCUCGGGUCGCUGUGUUACGCCGAGUUGGGAGUCACCAUCCCGAAGUCUGGAGGGGAUUAUUCCUACGUCUCCGAGAUUUUCGGUGAAUUAGCUGGGUUUCUCCUCCUAUGGAGCGCAGUCCUCAUCAUGUACCCCACCAGCCUGGCUGUGAUCGCCCUGACUUUUUCAAACUAUGUCCUCCAGCCAGUGUUUCCCAACUGCAUCCCUCCCUAUAAUGCCUCCAGAGUCCUUUCCAUGGUGUGUUUAUCAUUCUUGACGUGGGUGAAUGGCUCCAGCGUCCGAUGGGCCACCCACAUCCAGGACAUCUUCACUGCAGGGAAACUCCUCGCCUUGGGCCUGAUCAUUGUCGUGGGCUUCAUACAGAUCUUCAAAGGAAACUAUGAAGAACUCUUGCCAAGCAAUGCCUUCAAUUUCUGGAUGACCCCUACAGUGGGGCAUUUGGCGCUAGCCUUUCUUCAGGGCUCCUUUGCCUUCAGUGGGUGGAACUUCCUAAAUUAUGUGACGGAGGAAUUAGUUGAUCCUCGCAGGAAUCUACCUCGUGCCAUCUUCAUCUCCAUCCCAUUGGUGACCUUUGUCUACACCUUCACCAAUAUCGCCUACUUCACUGCCAUGUCACCCCAAGAGCUCUUGUCUUCCAACGCUGUGGCGGUAACAUUUGGUGAAAAGUUACUGGGCUAUUUUUCGUGGGUUAUGCCCGUCUCUGUGGCUCUGUCUACAUUUGGAGGAAUAAACGGAUACCUUUUUACCUCAUCAAGACUGUGUUUCUCCGGAGCCCGAGAAGGACAUUUGCCCAGCUUGUUGUCCAUGAUCCACGUCCAACACUGCACCCCGAUCCCAGCCCUUCUUGUCUGUUGUCUGGCCACGGUGGUCAUCAUGCUUGUUGGGGACACCUACACAUUGAUCAAUUAUGUGUCCUUUAUUAACUACCUCUGCUACGGAGUGACAAUAAUCGGUUUGAUUGUGCUGCGUUGGAAGAAGCCCAAAAUCUUCAGACCCAUCAAGGUUAAUCUCCUGGUUCCAAUCACUUACCUGACAUUUUGGGCCUUUCUCUUGAUCUUCAGUUUAUAUUCUGAGCCACUAGUCUGUGGAGUUGGACUGAUUAUCAUACUAACUGGAGUGCCAGUGUUUUUUAUUGGAGUAUACUGGAAAAACAAACCAAAGUGUGUAAAUAGGAUAACAGAGUCCUUGACGCACUGGGGCCAGAAGGUGUGUUUUGUAGUCUACCCACAAGGGGGUUCUACGGAAGAGGAUGAUCUACCUUUCACUCAUUCACCCCUCCAGGAAGAGAAAAGACCUUGAAGAAAUAACGAUAUAUUUUACACACGAGAAGUAGAUUUUUGUUGUUGUUUUUUGUUUACAUGAUU